GAUGAGGGUUGCUCCCACAGCAGAUGUUACUACGAGCUCUUACCCACCCGCGAGAGUAAUUUCUUCAAUCCAGUAGGCAUGCGAGAAGGCACUGCGAGCCCCUUACUGCGUGUAAGUAUGGAGGGGUUACAUCAACGGAAAGUCGGGCAACACAAUCCUGAACCAUCUUCCAGCCGAAAAAAUAGCGAAGCCGAUCAUCUAUUGAAGCCAGCCAAGCAUCGCUCAUCGGCACCCAGGUUAUCAUCAACAGCCGCAUGCGACGCAUUCAUUCUGAUAUUCUUCACAGUCAGUGCUAUUGCGACUCGUUUUUACCGCCUUGACUACCCAGCAGCUGUCGUAUUUGAUGAGCUGCACUUCUCUAAAUUCGUCGACCGGAUUCUCACCCACACAUGGUUUUUCGACAUUCACCCGCCCCUCGGCAAGCUUAUCCUCGCUUAUGUUAGCUUUUUCUUGGGCUAUCGCCCGGAUCCUGAUUUUGUGAUCGAAAAGAUUGGUCACGAGUAUCCGGUUCAUAUGAAUUAUGUUGUUGUGCGAGCUGUUUCAGCCUCGUUCAGCGUUGGUACUGUCCCGCUCACAUAUCUUGUCUCUCGAAAACUGGGCCUUUCCCCAAUUAGCAGCUCGGUGGCCACAACAUCAGUUUUAUUGGACUUCCUAGGUAUAAUUGAAGGGCGCUUAAUCCUUAUGGAUUCACAACUUUUAUUCUUCUCUCAGCUCUCAUUAUAUUGUGCCUUGUUUCUGUGGAGGUCUGAACCUGGUACUCACCGAAGAACUAUGUGGUUAAUUUUAACCGGUCUGGCGUGUGGCACAGCCCUGUCUAUCAAGCAUACCGCACUUGGCACCCCAGGGCUAAUUGCUUUGAUAUCGUUCUUCGGAUUGCAUUUCACACCGAUGCCUCUAAGCCUUCGGGAGUGUUUGUGUGCGGGUUUUUCUGGAUUAGGUGUUUACACUGCCACGUUCUAUGUCAUGUUCAACACAUUAUGGAAGACGGGAGCCAAAUACGACAAUUUCAUGCCUAUGCACUUCAAGAGGACUCUUGUCGGGUCGGAUCAUUACAAUGCAACGGCGAGGCGGGUUUCCUUUCCGAGAUUAUUUCUGUAUUUGAACCGACGAAUGCUUGCGAGCAACGCCAGUAUCAAGAAGAGACACUCAUGGGAAUCUGACUGGUAUCACUGGAUUGCGAACUGGCGAGGCGUGUUGUACUUUGUGAAAAAGUACACGCAUGGAAGUAAGGAGUUGAAAGAGCAGAUUUAUCUGUUGGGAAAUCCAGUCUGCAUCUACCUCACUCUUGUGUCUGUCUGUCUCUUCGUCGUGGUCACAUUGUUUUCUGUACGAUAUCGCUACUACAUUCGACGGAAACUUGACAUGACACAAUUCUUAAGGAUGCGAAGCAAUGGCGUGUUCCUGUUAAGUGGCUGGCUCUGCAAUCUUCUACCGUACAUCCUCGUAGAUCGGGCAGCUUUUCUCUACCACUACAUCCCGGGAUUAUUCUACGGCCAGCUUUUGACUGCUGUUGUCAUGGACAUGAUUCCUCCGAAAGUCAGGUCACUUGCCGGCGGCUUGGCAAUGGCUUUCAUGUUUGCAGCAUACGUGUAUUGGGCACCUUGGAUAUAUGCAUUCCCAUUGACUAAGGAGCAGCAUGAUGAACGUCGAUGGUUACCGCGCUGGACGUAGCAAAAACAACCAUAGAAAUCAACUUUGUGCCGUUACAUGGCAAAUUGAAAAUCUUUUUUGUUGCAUCGUAUCAAUUCAUCGACUUAUUAGGACUAUAUUAUUAGGGACCUAUAAUAUAUGUGCCACCCUUUUUACACACGGAGCUGUCACAGACCGUUGAAAGCUAAAGCUCCCUGUCAGUACUGC